AUAAGAAGAAUAUUAAGUAAAUCUCUUAAACCGUAACCUCUCCCUAUCCCUAAAUUCUCGUUCUGAAUCCGUCCAAGGCCUAGACCGAUUCUCUACCAUUCUCUUCUUCUUUCCCAAAUCUCAAUCUCAAUCCUAAUUCUAUUUGCAUAAACCCUGAUCCCCAAAAACCAAACCUGACAGGAACAAAGUUCCUAUCACCCCUAGACUGUGAAGUGGCCAAAUUCCAGAAGCAAAUGCACACCUCGCGGGAUCCUAGUGAGUUCACGGUCGCUAAGACCGUGAACUCAAGCCCCAGACAGUGAAGUCGGCACUGUCGGGAAAAUAUAAAGACAACAACGGGGAGAGUGAAAGGGGAGUUGGUUUUUGGAGAGAAAUUAGUUUCUUUCUCUAGGGUUUAGAGCCAAAACACCAAAGGGGAGUUCUAGAGAGAGAGAGAGAGUGAGUUCUUGAGUAAUCUUGGAGCUUGAUUGAAGGCAUUGAUCAUCCUUAAAAACAAAAAAUCAAGCCUAGAAGAAGAAGCUCUUGUGCUUUGUUUGUAAUCUCUCUCUUCCCUCUUUAGAAACUCACCCUAUUCUCUUGGGUUUAAGAACGCUAGGUCUAGAUUUUAUUUCAUUGUUGAUGUCUGUGAAAAAAUUCAUGUUUGAUUGAUGAUUUUACUUAAUUGAUGGAUGUUUUCAUGGAUUGCAUGAGUUUGGUUUCCAUUUUCAUGUAUGAGCUUUUGUUCUAGGAGGGAGGAAAUACACAAGCGCACAGAGAAGCUAAACUCAAUGGUUAAGGAAGCUUGUCCACGAUUCACUCAAGAACGAUUCUCAGUGGUUGGUGAAGAAAAAGAAGAUGAAGAGGCAAUCCUUGAGGAUAAAUUGGAACGGUCGGAAGUUGUCACGGAUGGCCACCGUGAUACUCAAGACUUGAAAUGCCCUCUUGAAGUAGCCACCUCUCUUCCACACUUCAUUUCAAGCAUUGAUGGGGAGGUUCUCUGAAACGACCCUAUCCUUUUUGAAAACCAAACCAUAACUCAAACCACAAACCGGUUACUCCGGAGCAACCCAAAACAGGUUUACAAAUCAAAACAAAAAAUCAACAACAACAAUGUUUAAGAUUCUCAAGUGAAAUGCCCUAAACACUUGGGCGACCUCAAUCCAGAGAAACAAAACACAAAACAAAAUCCUUGAGUUUCCCAGUAUACUCAUUAAGACAUGAAACUAAAGACAGAUAUAAUGGUAGGUCUCAUCUCAUUACCCAGAUCCAGUUGACAUCUUUAGGUUUGCCGCAACUGCUCUCCUCGGGUAACCUUCUCUGGAUGGAUGCGUCAUCUUCCCCUCUCUGCACCUGGUGAGUGAGAAGGGGUCAGUCUCGUCGUUACUAUUGGUCUCCACCCUAAGAAAAUCCUUAUUAAACACGUUAUUAGGGUUCUUGACUUAGACUAAAGUCGUUCUCGCUUUCAUCCCUUAUACUUUGUUAUCAAACAAUCCAUAAGAGAUCUAUACUCGUAUCUUAUCUUUAUAAUUUUCCUUACUUAUAUUCUUAAUCCAUAGACACCAACACUAGGGACCACCGCGUUACGUCUCGCCGUCCGGUGUCCCCACCCUAGUAUGCCAACCGUGUUAUGUCUCGCCGUCCGGUUGCAUACCCACACUCGGCAAUGGCACUGCGUUAUGUCUCGCCGUCCAGUCCAUGACCAAUCAACUACUGCGAUACGUUUUGCCAUCCAGUUGUGACCCCAACAAACACGAUCAACUGCUACAUUACGUCUCGCCGUCCAGCAGAGAUCCGACCAUCUACCGCAACCAGUAGUGGCCCAAAUAUUACUCAAAUAUUAACUUGAACGAAAAGCAUAAACUAAAACGACCUCGACAUAGAUUUCACCCCCUUUACACUCACCUCGAAAAGAUGACUCCUCGAUUCCUUCCUCGAAGAAACCCCUCCUUAGCCGGAUUAUCUUGGGGAAACCUAUUAAUAAGAAUCCAUUUUCUUAGACGACUUUUCUCAAUUUAAAAUUCCUUUUGAAUCACUAGAACAUCCUCUCCUCAAAAUUCAGCCCACGAGCCUCGCUCCAAAGGUCCCUUAACCCCCUUCAAAAAUUUUCUACAAAUAAUCCCAUCAAAACCAACCACUUUUCCUAAUUAUUCUUGUCUUGGACGAAUUUUUCACCUACCUUGAACCUUCUUAAGAAUUUGGAUAAUAAUUUUUCUAUGUCAAUCAUGAGCACCUAUACCCUGUAAAAUUAUCAAACCCUUAAAAUAAACUUGGUAAGAUUUUUAUUUAAUUAAAAUAAAAAUUUGAACAAUUU